GAGAAGGAAGUGGUACAGUGUGACCCGCCUGUCCCACCAGGGUGUAAAGCAAGGCCUUCCCCACUGCCCGGCCCCAGCAGAUAAAGGCGGCCAGGGCUGGCGGCGAGCUCCUAGCCGUCCCUGCGUGCCUCGCCUGCCAUGUCUGCCCACAGCGCGCUGCUCACCUGGGCCCUCCUGGCUUUCCUUGGACUCGGGCUUGGAGUGCCUGGAGAAGACCUCCCACAUCCCUGCUGCCUCGUAGUGCCCCGGAGAGAGUGGAAUGCCCCGGCGUCCAAGUGCGCUGAGAAGCUGAAACUGCCCGUGCGCUACGUGGUGGUGUCGCACACGGCCGGCAGCCCCUGCGACAGCCCGGCCUCGUGCCUGAAGCAGGUCCAGAACGUGCACAACUACCACGCGGGGACGCUCAAUUGGUGUGACGUGGGCUACAACUUCCUGAUUGGAGAAGAUGGGCUCGUGUAUGAGGGCCGGGGCUGGGACACCAAAGGUGAUCACACAGGCAUGACCUGGAACCCCAUCUCCAUUGGCAUCUCCUUCAUGGGUAACUAUAUGGAGCGGUCACCUCCACCCCGGGCCCUCAGGGCGGCCCAGAGUUUGCUGGCUUGUGGUGUGGCUCAGGGAAAACUGAGCCCCAGGUACGAGGUCAAAGGACACCGGGAUGUCCAGCAGACACUCUCUCCAGGCGACCAACUCUAUGAGAUCAUCCGGACUUGGCCACACUACCACGAGUGAGAACCUGUCUAUCUUCUCCACACCUAGAAACCCCACCGCCUCCCCCUCCAAUAAAGGUGCAUCUCAAACUGUU